AACUGGUUUACUGUCACCGCCACGACAUGACACCUCUCGAGUCGGGCCCACUGGCAGGAAGCAGGGGCUAAAUUUGUUCGGUUGAUCGCGUUCCGGGGUAUAAAAUACAUGCUUUUUUGGCGGCGUUCCCCUGGUAAAUGCGCACUCCAGGGGCUAACUAUGAGGUUAUUGGGGUCGCUUCAACCCCUGGACAUCAUAACAACCCGUGGCAACACUGUUAGGCUGAUGGUACACAGGGCAACUUUUUGAGCAACGUUGCUUGGGCACUUUCUAAUUGAGAAUGGGUAACAAAUUUUCUAUUUGUAUAUUUUAGAUCAGUCGUGGGCUCGGUGUCUCACCUGGUUGCCCGUUGGCAGCAAUAUUUCCCGUAUCUUCCUUGAUUCCCCCAUGUAAAUAUAAGAGUAACCUCUAUAUAAGCAUUUAAGUAUAAUAAUAUAAUAGUAAUAACUUUUAUAUCGUUCAACCUGUGUAAAUACGAUCAUUACGCAGUUAGCGAACAUUGAGCGCCUGUCCCUUUAAGAUGACGUCUACCUCAGCCAGACUGACAUCACCAUGGCGGAAGCGCAGUCAAAAGCGGCUGCUGCAGACUGUACACCCCCCAAUACACGCCUGAAUAAAAGAAGAAUUUAGAAGAGGACGACAUAGCUUUUAUUAGUUCGCCACGCACAAGUAUUAUAAACAUCUAGCGACUUCAGAUGCGAGAGUAAUGCUGCUGCUGUAGGUGGUGACUGACUUUCUAGCUGCAGCGCGGCUGAAGUCCAGCUCAAGUGUAGACAGACUGAGUUUAUUCAGUGAUUGCAUGAUUAAUAGACACAGUUUAGUGACUCCAGACGGAAGGGCGUAAACAGUGUAUAUGUUGCGUAUUUUUUGCUCUUGGAAGGUGCAGUUAUUACAGACGUUCCUGGUGUGAACGUUAUCUAAAUUCUUUUUUAACACGGUAACUUAAACUCGCUUUAUUAACGUGAAAUGUGACGUUUUGAACGGGAAAAGUAAUGUUUGUAGAGUAAAAGUCGUCUCUGGUUCUUGUUUACGAGGCAAAUUAAGAGGACCUGACACACCUCAGGCUGAGUAUUCCUGUGGAAAACACCUUAGUAAAGCAUUCCCCGUUUUGUAAGGCUCUGAAAUGUCUUAUAAAUGAGUGUUUUAUCCAGCAUCAGCGCGCGCUGCACGGUAACAAUAGCGGUAGUGGACAAAGUUGGCCGUUUAAAGUACUGACGUGUCUUUUGGCGUGCGGUCAGUGCCGAAGCUGGAGGGACACGCCUGUCGCCGUUGCUCCCAGCAUCUUUAACCGGGAGUCAGCCGUCAACGCCACGUUAAAAUGUCAAGAGCCGGCCGAAGAUCCAAAGCUUUGCAUGUUAAUAACGGGUACACGCUGGCAGGAUGCGAUCCCCGAGAACGGCGCGCGCGCGUGCUGCUGCUGUGUCUCUGCGGCGCGCUGUCGCUGGUUAUGAUCCUGGCGCUGUAUCUGUCUGCAGAGCCCUCCAGCAGCCUACAGCAGCAUGCUGCACAUCUCAUCAGGGACAGGAAUGCUCAUAAGCCAAAUAAAUACUCUGUGGCACAAAUAAAGAAGUUUGCAGCACAGGUGGAUGGGCAUCGGCUCUGGGAGACUCACCUGCGGCCCCUGCUUAUUGAACGAGUGCCUGGAACUGCAGGCAGUCAGACCAUACGGCAGCAUAUCUUGUCCCAGCUGGGUUCACUGUCAGCAGGAUGGACGCUGGAGGAGAAUUCUUUCGUGUCAUCUACCCCGAAGGGUAAAGUGACCUUCACCAACGUGCUGGCAGUUCUGGACCCCUCGGCUCCUCGCAGGCUGCUCCUAGCAUGCCACCAUGACUCCAAGAUCAUACCUACAGACCCUAAAAACCCCAAGCGGGUGUUUGUGGGUGCCAGUGAUUCAGCCAUACCCUGUGCUAUGAUCUUGGAGCUCGCCACUGCUCUGGACACACAGCUUAAAGCCCUAAAACUGCAGAGGUCUGCGGUGACAUUGCAGUUGGUGUUUUUUGAUGGAGAGGAGGCAUUUGAGGAAUGGACAGAAACAGACUCUCUCUACGGUUCUCGUCAUCUGGCUGAGCUUAUGGCCCGUACUCCCCACCUUUCUGGAUCCACCAAAACCACUCUUCUCCAGGCAGUGGAUCUGUUAGUCCUCCUGGACCUGCUUGGUGGCCCAGAACCAUUGAUUGUCAAUCACUUUGAUAACACAGCCAGAUGGUUUGACCGACUGAUCGCUGCAGAGAAGAGACUCCAUAAACAGGGUUUGUUGACCUCUCACCCAUCAGAACAGAGUUACUUCAGGAAAGAUUUUUAUCUUGGUCCCGUGCAGGAUGAUCACAUUCCAUUUUUAAACAGAGGUGUACCUGUGCUUCACUUGAUCCCCACACCAUUUCCUGUGUUCUGGCACACACUGGAUGACGCAGAGGAGAGGAUGCACAGGCCCACGGUGGAAAACCUAACUAGAAUCCUGGCCAUCUUCGUGGCUGAGUACCUGAGCCUCUAAACAUGCUAUAAUAAUGAUCAUCCUACAGCAGACGCUUACAGCACAUGACCCCGUGUUCAGUGCAGUUAAAUGUGUGAUGUAGGAGCUGAUAAUAAUCAUAGUAAUAAUAAUAAUAGAGCCAUAGAUCAGAAUAACCAAAGAGACACAUAGCAUAAUGAUGUGUUUAUUUGGGGUGUGAAUGGUACAUACUGAAGAGAUCUAUAUUUUUCUGCUGAAACGAGCCAUAUGUCAUAAUAGGACAAACACUCAUGUUACGGAAGCUGUAUGAGCCCUAAUUUCAUCCUUUAAAAGACUGUUAGACCAUAAGUUUGUGAUUUCAUAUCAUUCAUUGAUUAUGACUUUGAAGUGAAGUUUGUUUAAUGACUGUUUUCACGUAGUUCAUUAAUCAUCAUUUGCACAGUAUUUGCUGAUGAACUGCAUUUUAAAUGCUGUUCAUUCAUGCUCCAUUGGGGAAAGGCAGAGGAGGUGCACUUUACAAGAAGGUCAGUAUGAAAGACUUUGAGAGACACUUGUUUUAAGAAUCUGUGUGUAGCAUGUGACCUGAGAGAGAUGGAUCUUAUUUUUUACAUUUCUUAGUCAUUGAGCUGUUACCAUUCUGAGCCUAAAGACCAUGUCAAGGGUCUAAUGUAUAUUUGUAAUAAACCUAAGGAGACACUG